ACUACGGGCAGAUAUUUGCAUCCCCCGCAACAUCUCAUGGAUUAUUAUAAAAAGCGCAGGAUCGAUCACCCUCUAUCAUCUAUCGAUUUGACCUGCUUUGUAAAGCACUCUCACGCCUCUAUUAAUGGAACAAAUGCUACCUUCGCUGACUUUUGGACUGGAUUUUCCAUCCUCGCUCGACAUCAACUCGAUAGAUCCAAUUGUUUAUUUCCCUCCAAUCUCUCUUUCUUCGCUGAAAUUUCAGUCAGUCAGCAUGUCGACCGCAAACCUUGA